AUGACUGACAUAGACGCUGAGGUUGUCGAAGAGAUAAUUGAAGAGAUAAUUGAAGAGAUAGUUGACGAUCAAGAUCAAGUGUUGGCAGAAGCUAACACAACAAAUAAUGAGUAUUCGUUGCAUUUAAGGAGACAGUCCGACAUUCCAGACGAUCUCACGGUCCCUUCAGGCUACUUCGAUACUGGCUCCAGCUUCCGCCAUUUGUCCGACGUUGAUCCAUUUUCGUCAAUUUCAAGGGAAACCACAGACUCAAGCCCUGAUACAUUCGGUGGAUCAUUGCCUGCUGAUUCUCCCACCAACUUUGAAAUGAGCAACGUCCCUGUCCCGACACCAGGGCCAGCUCCCGCACCAAUCCCUGAGGCUGAUACUCCAGGUGCAGCACCAUUCCCUACCCCUGUCCCUGCACCAAUGCCAUUGCAGACGCCAUCACCAGUGCCAGCCCCAAUGCCUCUUCCGACCGGUCCUGUCAGCAGCAGCGAAAGUGAUUCGAAGCAGGAUGACGAGGGAGAAGAGUUGAGCUAUGUGGAAGAUACCAUCAGUAAUGAAAUGGUCCCUAAACCACCCCCGCCACCACCUCCUCCAUCAGAAAGUGAAACAUCAACUCCUUCACCACUUCCUCCACCGCCGCCGCCACCAGAAAAUUCAGAAUCAGAAGGGACUGGUCAAGUCCCACCACCUCCGCCAACAGCUGAACCAAAAGACCCCAUGCCUCCACCCCCACCAGUACCCGAAACAGAGAAUCAAGCCCCACCACCUCCACCAACACCUGAACCAGAAAGUGAAUCAUCAACAACUCCUUCACCACUUCCUCCACCACCACCGCCGGAAGAGUCAGAAUCAGAAGGGAGUGGUCAAGUCCCGCCACCGCCACCAACACCUGAACCACAAGACAAUGUGCCCCCACCUCCACCAACACCUGAACCGAAAGACAACGUACCACCCCCUCCACCUGCUUCAGUGGAAGAGGAAGAAGAAGUAGUUGAAGUUGAAGAAGAAGAAGCGCUACCAGAAGAAACUCAAGUAUAUGGAGAAACCAGCAGUGUUCCCUCUGGUCCUGAAUUCAAGACAAAGCCUAUUCCAUACCCAAGCGAAACGGCUGAGGAUGACAGCUAUGACCGUAAUUCUGCCUUGAUCAAACCAGUAGUUGAGACUCCAUCUCCGCAAUCCUCAGAUGACGCUCCAAUGCAAGUGCCGUUGGAAUGGUUCGAUGAAACCGAACCAUCCACACCAGUGACAAGCAAUAUCAACAACGAAGGCUUUCUCCGCGAAUCCUUAUUAGAUCAGGGAACACCGGCUGUCAUACUCGAAGAAUCGGUAGAAGAAGACACAACUUUUGAAAAGGAAGAAACUGUCGAAGAAGAGACCAUAGAAGAAGAGCUUGUAGAACUUUCCCAAGAAAUCGUAAGCGCCACUGUGUCAGGAGGAGAUGUAGAGAAAAUGGAAGAAGGCAAAUCCCAGAUCGAGGAUCCCAUCACAAAUCAACCCAAAGAGCAAAUCAAUGCGGUAGAAGACACGAGGAAGCCAACAGCGCAAACAAGUCCUGUUGAGGAAGUGGUCUACUAUCAGGAGCCCCCUCAAUAUCUGCAUCAGUCCUCAUCUAGGGGCAAGUUUGAAACGAGCUUUUUAGUCAUCUUUUGCCUCUGCCUGGUGUUUCUGGCCGUUUUUGCUGCUGGAAUUUACGUUAUUCUUGGACCUGUGGCAAAGCUUCUCCCACCAUUCAAUGACGAAGGCGACGACCCCAGUUUCACCCCUAAUCCCAUCCCUGGACCAAGCCCAGUUGCUCCUUCACCAUCUCCUCCAUUUGUUGGUGAUCAGCCCACAACUCCAAUGGAACCUUAUGAGGCUGGUCAGUGCAACCUGAGUGGUCAAGCACAGCCAAAUGUCAUCUCACAAUGCAACUGCAAUGGACAGAUUACCACGCUUCAGGAGAAUGUCAGGCAAAAGUAUGAGGCUUUGAAGACCACUUUUGUCCCUCAAAUCUAUGGGACGUGGGAUUAUCCGCCUGAGUCAUGCGAACCAGCCAAUCAAGCUCUUAUUUGGUUAUCAACAGUUGUUUCAGUUGAUGAAGCUGACCUCACCCAGCGAUAUGCACUAGCCUUACUGUUUUUUGGAACUGAUGGCUCAAACUGGCGGUCAUCUGACAACUGGGUGACGCAGGCUGAUGUAUGUACAUGGUUUGGCAUUGCCUGUUCGGGACAAGCUGUAUCAGCGCUUGGACUUACAGCCAACGCGCUUGCUGGACCACUACCAUGGGAGCUUGGUCUCUUGAGAGGCCUGCAAGGAAUUGACGUAAGCGGAAACGUCAUCUCUGGAGUGCUUCCAGGAGAGCUCUUUCUUCCUUCUGGAAUACGUCAGGUGACAUUGUCCAAUAAUCGCAUUGUUGGACAAUUGCCAAUUGAACUAGGUUUUGCUUCGAAUUUAGAAAUACUGCAAGUGGACAACAACUUGUUGCAAGGGACCUUGGUGUCAGACCUUGGAAGGGCUGCUUCCUUGAAGCAUCUUGAUCUUGGAAGUAAUGAUUUUGUUGGAGAGAUUCCCACAGAGAUGUACCAGUUGACUCAGGUUUCCUCUUUGAGCCUCGAGAGCAACGCGCUUUUGAUGGGUAGGAUUCCCACAGAGUUUGGAAGGUUCACCAACCUUGAAUUCUUCUCCAUCUCAAACACAGCAAUUCGAGCUCGAAUCCCUCGGCAGUAUGGUGCUCUUACCAAGUUAACUGACUUCAGGAUGGCAAACACUCUUGUUGGAGGUGAUAUCCCUUCAGAAAUUGGUGACUUGGCAGAAAUCUUGAAUGCUGAUCUUGCGGAUAGCCAAUUCCGGCAAAUGAUUCCCACUAUUCUUGGAAAUUUUCGUGACAUAACUUCUCUUCAGCUCAACAGCAAUGGUCUGACUGGUUUGGUGCCGAGCGAGCUUGGGUUGUUGACGAAGCUUACUUCACUUCUUCUUCACGGAAAUGAAAUCAGCGGAUAUGUUCCAACUGAAAUUGGUCAACUAACUCUGUUGGAAACCUUUACGCUGCAGCAAAACCCCUUGAUGACAGGGAGAAUCCCAGUCACAGUUUGCGAUCUUCGUUCAUUCAGCCUGGAGAUUUUCACAACCGAUUGUCCUAGCCGUGACAAUGGCAACUUUCUUGGUGUAAACUGCCCCAUUCCAACCUGCUGUACAGGAUGCUCUUUCCCUCCUUAG